UCCCGUCACCCACCGCCCGCCCCCGGGGUGCGCGCGCCGUUCCCCGCGGAGAGCUGGAAGAGCCUGGGGACCUAGCGGAGCUCGAGGCGUUAGAGGAGGAGGAGGAAGACGAGGCCAUGGGGAGCGGGGCCAGCGCCGAGGACAAAGAGAUGGCCAAGAGGUCCAAGGAGCUGGAGAAGAAGCUCCAGGAGGACGCGGAUAAGGAGGCCAAGACGGUCAAGUUGCUCUUGCUUGGGGCUGGAGAGUCGGGCAAGAGCACCAUCGUCAAGCAGAUGAAGAUCAUCCACCAGGAUGGCUACACGCCGGAGGAGUGCAUGGAGUUCAAGGCCAUCAUCUACGGCAACAUCCUGCAGUCCAUCCUGGCCAUCAUCCGCGCCAUGUCCACGCUGGGCAUCGACUACGCCGAGUCGUCCCACGCGGAUGACGGCCGGCAGCUCUUCAACCUGGCCGACUCCAUCGAGGAGGGGACCAUGCCCCCCGAGCUGGUCGACUGCAUCAAGAAGCUGUGGAAGGACGGGGGGGUGCAGGCGUGCUUCGACCGCGCCGCCGAGUACCAGCUCAACGACUCGGCCGCGUAUUACCUGAACCAGCUGGACAGGAUCACGGCCCCCGGGUACCUCCCCAACGAGCAGGACGUGCUGCGAUCCCGAGUGAAGACCACGGGCAUCAUCGAGACCAAGUUCUCCGUCAAAGACCUGAAUUUCAGGAUGUUCGACGUGGGAGGGCAGAGAUCGGAGCGCAAGAAGUGGAUCCACUGCUUCGAGGGGGUGACCUGCAUCAUCUUCUGCGGGGCGCUGAGCGCCUACGACAUGGUGCUGGUGGAGGACGACGAAGUGAACCGCAUGCACGAAUCCCUGCACCUCUUCAACAGUAUAUGCAACCACAAGUUCUUCGCCGCCACCUCCAUCAUCCUCUUCCUCAACAAGAAGGACCUGUUCGAGGAAAAGAUCAAGAAGGUCCAUCUCAGCAUCUGCUUCCCCGAUUACGACGGUCCCAACACGUUCGAAGACGCGGGAAAUUACAUCAAGACCCAGUUCCUGGAUCUCAACAUGCGGAAGGACGUGAAGGAGAUCUACAGCCACAUGACCUGUGCCACAGACACGCAGAACGUCAAGUUCGUCUUCGACGCCGUCACGGAUGUCAUCAUCAAAGAGAACCUCAAGGACUGCGGCCUCUUCUGAGCAGCUGGGAGGCAGGCAAGCGGCUCCGAAAAGGGGUGACAUCUACAGCACGUAAGGGCAUCCGAAGCCGUCAUUUCCUUCCCCCCGGCCCCAGGUUGAAAGGAGGCAGGGAGACUCCGGCUAUAAAUAAGCAGUAAAACUACGCAUCUGCCAAUAAUCCUGACGAACGACUGGACGCCGGCCGUCUUCCAUGCGGGCAACGCAAGCCGAGCCUUUUGGGAGGGGAGGAACUGGCUGCAAGGGAGAGCACCGACAGGCGUGAAAAGCGCGAGGGACCUUCCCGUCCCGUUAAUUCCAUGCCUUUCCCCCCCCAAAAGGGCUUGGAAUCGCACCCCUUUUCCCAGCAAAACGCUUGGAAUCGCACCCCUUUUCCCACCAAA